AUGAAGUUGUUUUGGCUACUGAUCGCAGUCUUGGCUCUCGCUGCUGCUGACGACAGCAGAGCCGCGUCAGACGUGGAGGGACGCACCAGGACUUCUGCGGCUGGGCAGCAACAGGGCAGAUUCUUUGGAGGAUUGGGAGGCUUCAGUCCUGUAGGAGGUGUUGGAGGCUUUAGUCCUGUUGGCGGCAUCAGUCCUGUUGGAGGUGUCGGUGGUUUUGGUCCCGUUGGAAGUGUUGGCGGUAUCAGUCCUGUUGGAGGCAUCAGUCCUGUUGGGGGGUUUGGAGUUAAUCCAGUAGUAGGAGGAGGAUUUGGAGCAAAUCCUGCCUUGGGAGGAUUUGGUGUGAAUCCUAUUCAUGGAGGAGGAUUGGGCAUUGGGCCUGGCAUUGGAGGCAUCGUGAGUCCUGUGGCUCCUCCCUCCACAUGCCGCUACUGGUGCAGGACACCCGAGGGUCAGGCCUACUGCUGUGAGAACAUCAACCAGCCACAGAGUGCUGCUGGUGUAGUCAAACCGGGAUUCUGUCCCCCCGUUCGCCCAGUGUGUCCUCUUAGGAGCUUCCAGCCACCUUUCACUUGCUCUAACGACGGCGCUUGCGGAGGCAUCGACAAGUGCUGCUUCGACAGAUGUCUCGGCGAGCACGUGUGCAAACCUCCUCUGGGCAUUGGGCGAUAA